CCCUACCUGGGAGGUUUGGACACUGCCAAUCCCAUCUUUCUCUCCAUCAUGGUCCCUGCCUUUGCAGUACUACUAUAGUAGGGUAGCAUCAUCUUCUCUCUCUAGCUCCUAUACAUGUAACCUCUCCCUCUUCCCCUCUAUCUCACCACACCAGUCACACGCUCAAACGCAAACCCCCAUACAAGAAUGAUACGCCACUCAUGACCUAAUCACUCAAUUCCCACUACCUCGCUCUCAGCUGCUCUUCCUCCUCCUUGCAACACCCAACAAGUUCAGCUCGAGCUCAUCGUUGGCUAGCUCGUCGCAACAAGAUCCUCCGAUGAGCAUCAGGACUAGCAGGGCGACGACGAUGGCAACUCCUGACCUCUCCCUCCACAUCAGCCCUCCGUCGCCACCAGAAGCCGCCGGCGAGAUGCAGGCCGUGGAGCCGAGGCUGCUGCUGGGGCUAGAGCUCGACACGGCGGCGGCGAAGACGGACGACGCGGCUGCGCAGCGGCACGGCGGCCUCCAGGCGCAGCAGCAGCGGCUGCUGCACCAGCCGAGCCAGACGGCCCACGGAUUCAAGAAGAGCUCGGGCGGGGGCGGCGGGAGGAGGAGGAGCGCCAGGGCUCCGCGGAUGCGGUGGACCACCGCGCUGCACGCGCACUUCGUGCACGCCGUCGAGCUCCUCGGCGGCCAUGAGAGAGCAACACCAAAGUCAGUAUUGGAACUGAUGAACGUGAAGGAUCUUACACUAGCCCAUGUCAAGAGCCACCUGCAGAUGUACAGAACAGUGAAGGGCACAGACAGAUCAUGCGUUGCAGGCCUUGGGCAGCAGGCCAGAGACAUGGCCUUUCUGAGAAGAGGUGCUGGUGAAGUGGAUGGCUUUGAUGUUUUCAACAGCAGCAGAUCGGUCAACACCACCACUACCUUCAACAAUUACACUAACACUGCUAGGAGGUCAUGGUCUCCAUCAGGAGAGCAGCAGCAGCGUCUGGAUCAUCAAGAAGCAGCAGCGGCCGCUUGUGCUUGGAUCCACGCCCACCAGCUGCUCCAGAGCUGCGGCAGCGAUGAACUGACGACGCUGCAGCCACCGCCAUGCCGCCUGCGUCCUGCAGCAGCUGAUCGCCUCUUGAUGACGACGACGACGACGGAGCAAAGCCAUGCCCAGCAGCAGGGAUCGAAGGUAGGAGAGCAAGAUCAUCACGGGCAAGGUGCAGUCGCUGCUCAUCAUCUCGCGGACGAGGCUCGGGAGAAACUACCAUCCCAGCCACCACCCCAUGACCACCACCACGCAGGAAGCGGCUUGUUCCAACGGCCGUCGCCGACGAACAACACGAGCAGCAGCGGCGACACGGUCUCGAGCCCCGAGUGGCUCCAGCAGCGGCACUACUGCAGCGACGGCGGCGGCAUGAGCGUCGGGAUGGCGGCCGGACUACUGCCCGCCCCGCCGCCGCCGAGCCUGGAGAUGAGCCUGGGGAGGCAGGGGUGGCAGAUGGAGCAGCACGCCGGCGUCGGCGUCGAGUUCGAGUUCGAGUCGUCGCCGCCGGCGCCGGCGCCCAACGAGCUAACCAUGCUCAAGUGCUUGUGAAACGAUAGAUGGAGUACUCCAUUGUUUGAUUUCUUGCUAAUUAACUGCUUAAAGCCUAAUUUGCAGUCAAGACUUUAGCCAUGCGGCAUGCUGAUGAAAUCAAUGUCCGAGCUAA